AUGAGUCGAAUCGCUCUCUCCCUCCUGCUCGCCUCUCGCUCCGCUGUAGCCGACGUUUACCUGCACCACCCACGCGGCUCCAACAACAAGCUCAACGAGGUGGGCAACAACCGGCAGAAUGCCGACCGGCUCUUCGACUCGGAAAACAACGGGGCAUUCCAUCGCCUCCGCCUCUGCCACCUCUCUCUCCGCCACCCUCACCUCCUCCGCCGCCGCCGCAGGCCGGCGGCGGGCAAGGGCCAGCUCAAGUACUACGAGAGCUCGUACCUCGAUCUGGAGUGGACCAACCAGCACGGCUGCGGUGAUCGCGACGGCAACGUCCGAUGCAACUUUGUUAUCCAAUACGCGUGCGAGGACUCGAUGCCCGAUAUCAGGGACGGGUACAGGUACGAGCGGACGGCGGGCAACGGCGCUGCGAACGGCGACACCAACAACGGCGACCGCGAGGGAGAGACAUUCUUUCCCACCGAAGAGACAUCCUCCGAACCGGAGCGAGCGCUCAACGAGCCCUUCUGGACUUUCCAGGACUGCUACUACAGGGAGCGGAACAAGGGUCUGUACACCGCGGACCGGCUCAAUCCAAACAACGAAGACCAGCUCCGGGCCAUCACGACCAGGCAGAACCCGAACGGUGACCGCCACGGCCUCGAGUGCCCGGAGGAGCGGGACUACUACCCUUACUGGCACCCCACCGUGUGGCGAGACGUUGCUGUCAUCACCGACACGCCGGACCACUGCGACUUCUACCGCGCUGCCUCGCAAAACGUCAAGGACUAUGGCCGCUGCUGCGACAAGACCAUCUACGACUCGCAGGACGGGCGCUGCAGGCAGCUUCGGGGCCGGCCGAGAGACAACAACAACAGCCCUCGGGUGGAGGGCCCAAACAACCAAGUCGCGUGCGAGAAGGGCAUCACCGACAACGACGGCACGUUCAGGCCCGGCAAGUGGAUCGAGGGCGGGAGCUGGGACACCUGGCCGCCGGACUGCGAGAAGGCGCCCUUCAGCCGCGACAACCACCUCGGCAACGCCGCCGACAGGGACGUCUGGCACGAGAGCGGCGGCACCCGCCACGUCGGGGCCAACCGCUAUCGCUGGAAGGUCCCAGAUGACGCGCUCAAGGCGCUGGGCAAGGACGAGGCGACGUGCGUCCUCCGAAUUCGGUACAACAUCUCGACCGCCGAUUUCGACGGCUGGAAGGGGUUUCUCAAUCGCGGCUCCUCGGACGACGCCGUCACGAGCGUUUACAACAAUGGCGACGCACUUGUGAAGAAUAACCCGGAUGGAGAUUUCAUCGGGUUUCAGCAGUCGAGGGCGACAGUCUUGGGCACGGGCUCGCCGCUCGCUCUCAACACGAACACCGCCCAGAUCGGCCGCGUGUUCGAGGACCGCUCGCACACCUUCAAGAUUAUGAAGCGGCCCAGCGGUGGCCGCUGCGGCUGGCCUGCGCGCAUCUUCAACGUUGGGGUCCGCGGCCGGCGCGGGAACAUCGUGCAGGUCUACCCGUCCGUGGAGUACGACUUUGUGCCAAACCAGCUGCACGCGUACGAGGGCGACUGCGUUCACUUCCAGUGGACUGGAAGUGACGCCAACAGUGCCGGCAACGCAGGCAACGGCCGGCAGAUGACGGACCGAACCAACCUGGUCGAGCUGACGGGACGCGGCACGAAUGUCCCCUGCGUCCCCAGCCGGCUAUGCGACGACAACAUCGACCCGAAUGGAAACAAUAAUGGGCAGUGCCUCAACAACAACCCCUUUCCGACCAACCAGAAUGAACGCAAUAACGCAAACUGUCUCAACAACUGCAAGGAUUUGAACGCCGCCACGGGCUACUUCGACGGUGGCCUGGUGCCGCUCAACCCCUGGCUCUCGUUGGAGACGACCACCUACAGCUACAUGUCGACGCGGAACAACGACUUCAGCAACCGCAGUCAAAAGGGGUCGAUCGUCGUCCACCCGUGGAAACUCCCGGUCAUCCUCGGGGGCAUUGUCUUCUUCUUCCUGUGCUGCGAGGUUUGCCUCUUCCUCUGCCGCCGCCACAUCCAC